AUGGAGGAGCAGAGGGAACGCGCAUACAAAGCGGUUGCAUAUGCAGCUGUUACCUUUUCACUGAUAUCUAUAUUAUCAGUAUCUAUCACUAUGCCAAUUGUCUACAGCUUUGUUGAUCAUAUACAACAGCAAACACGCAAGGAUCUUCAGUUUUGUAAAUCAUCAGCAAGAGACAUCAUGUCAGAAGUAACAAGGAAACAACCAGUUACUUUCACAGCUGUUGCAACUAACAGGACAAAAAGGCAAAUCGGAUCUUGUGACAGCUGCUGCAGACCGGGUCAUCCUGGACGGCCAGGACCACCAGGGGCAAAUGGAAAACCAGGAACGCCAGGAGCCCCAGGACGGCCAGGUGCACCAGGCCGACCACCAAUAGUUUGUGAAGAAGUUGAUAUUCCACCGUGCAAUCCCUGCCCACCAGGACCACCGGGACCACCAGGACCUAGUGGUUUGACCGGAAAUCCUGGAAGACCUGGUUCUCCAGGUAGACCAGGAAACAAUGGUAACGCUGGACCACCUGGACCUGUUGGACCACCAGGACCACCAGGACAGCCUGGAACUGAUGGUGAAAGAGGAGAACCAGGAAGGCCAGCAGCAAGCACACCAGUAAUCGCAGGUGAUCCAGGACAGCCAGGAGAACCAGGCAUGUUCCUCAUAAUAUUUAUGACAAUUCUGUUCCCUAAUUUCAUAGAAGACCAAAUUUUAGGACCACCAGGUCUGCCUGGGGCAAAUGGAAAUCCUGGACGAGAUGGUCAACCAGGAGGCCUUGGACCAGCUGGCCCACCAGGACCUCCUGGACCACCCGGAAAUGUUGGUGCAAACGGAGAUACUGGUGCGCCUGGUCAACCUGGACCACAAGGUGAACGGGGCAUAUGUCCGAAAUACUGUGCACUGGAUGGUGGAGUAUUCUUUGAAGAUGGAACACGAAGAUAA